UUUCCUGCUCUCAACGCUUCUCAUAUAGUCCUUAACUUUAUUGUUAAGCUUUCAUUUCAUUUCAUUUGUGUUUUGUGUCAUUACUCGCUAGUCAGUUUCUCACCAUGGAAACCUGGUUCCUUAUCCUCGCCGCACUCUGCAUCUCUUUUCUCCUCAAACCCCUUCUCAGUCUCUUCAUCCCCUCCAUUUCCAAACCUACCGAUCAACCCAAACUCCCUCCUGGGCCCACCCCCAUCCCGGUCAUCGGCCGGUUGUUAUGGCUCCGAAGAUCCUUCUCCGAAAUCGAGCCCAUCCUCCGAAACCUCAGGGCCGAAUACGGGCCCAUCAUCACUAUCCGCAUCGGCUCCCGCCCCGCCGUCUUCAUCGCCAACCGCCUCUUUACCGUAAUCCAACACAAUAUCAGCUCCCCCGUCUACGGCCCCACGUGGCGCCUUCUCCGCCGCAACCUCACCUCCGAGAUCCUCCACCCUUCCCGCGUCAAAUCCUACGGCGAGGCCCGUAAAUGGGUUCUGGAUAUUCUCAUCAACCGUCUCGGAUCCGAGUCUCAAUCGCAGUCCAAAGGCAUCAGAGUGGUCGACCAUUUUCAGUACGCCAUGUUUUGCUUGCUGGUUUUGAUGUGCUUUGGGGACAAGUUGAACGAAGAUCAGAUCAAAGAAAUCGAGGGCGUUCAGCGCCGCUUGCUAUUGAGCUUUGGGCGAUUCAACAUCCUCAACUUUUGGCCCAAAUUGACAAAAAUUCUGUUGAAAAAUCGCUGGAACGCGCUAUUUCAGCUCCGUAAGGAACAAGAAGACGUGCUCAUUCCUCUGAUUCGAGCACGACAGAAAGCAAAGAAUGAAAGGCUGAGUAGGAAGGACGACGACAAAGAUGAUGACUUUGUGUUGGCGUACGUUGAUACGUUGUGGGAUCUCCAGAUUUCUGAUGAAAAGGAAAAGAGGAAGCUCUCUGAAGGUGAAAUAGUGAGUCUCUGUUCGGAGUUUCUCAACGCGGGUACUGAUACUACUUCGACUGCCUUGCAGUGGAUCAUGGCCAACAUAGUUAAGUACCCACAAGUCCAAGACAAGCUCUUUGCAGAGAUUAAAGGGGUGGUGGCAGAAACAGAGGAAGAGGUGAAAGAGGAGGUCUUGCACAAGUUGCCGUAUCUGAAAGCUGUAAUCUUGGAGGGUUUGAGGCGUCACCCGCCUGGGCACUUUGUGCUGCCACACGCCGUGACCCAGGACGUGGUUUUGGAUGGUCAUGUGGUGCCCAAGAACGGUAGUGUCAAUUUCAUGGUGGCUGAUAUGGGGUUGGACCCAGAGGUGUGGGAGGACCCCAUGGCAUUCAAGCCUGAGAGGUUCUUGAGUGGUGGUGAAUGUGGAGGAGCGGAAGGGUUCGAUUUAACAGGGAGCAGAGAGAUUAAGAUGAUGCCGUUUGGGGUGGGGAGGAGAAUUUGUCCUGGCUCUGGUUUGGCAGUGCUUCAUCUGGAGUAUUUCGUGGCCAAUUUGGUCUGGAAAUUUGAGUGGAGAGCUGUGGAGGGAGAUGAUGUUGACCUGUCGGAGAAGCAAGAGUUCACUGUGGUCAUGAAGAAUCCAUUGCAGGCCCAUUUAUCCCCAAGAGUGAAAUAAGUGAGAGAAGGGUUGUUUUGGUUGAUUGUGUGUAAUUAAGGACCUGUUAUAGACUCUUGAAAGUGUUUACCACAUAAAAAAAAAUCUAUGGGUUAUUACUUAUGCGACUCAGAAAUCACAAUUUGAUCCAUUUCUCAUUGUGUGAAAUGAGUAAGGUGCCUUAAGAAAACAAGGUAAGAACGGGGUGAGAGGAAGGAAAGACGGAAAGCUUUAAUUUGAAAAAGAUGCUACUUUCCAGUAGAGAACAAUUGGUCUAAUAGAUUUUGCGUUUUGGUGUGU